AUGUCGAGACCAGAAGACUCUCUACCGCCCGAUCUUUACUACGAUGACACCGAAUCACGAAAGUAUACAUCGUCCUCCCGGAUUCAAAAUAUUCAAUCGGACAUGACCCAUCGCGCCCUUGAACUCUUAGAACUUACUUCCCCGUCGUUUAUCCUUGAUAUUGGUUGCGGUUCUGGCCUCUCAGGCGAGAUUUUAUCAUCCGUUUCGCCGUCCGAAGGCGGCCCCCACACGUGGAUUGGCAUGGAUAUUUCUCCCAGCAUGCUUGAUAUUGCACUCCAAAGAGAGGUUGAGGGCGAUCUCUUUUUAGCCGAUAUUGGUCAAGGGGUUCCGUUCCGCCCAGGAACCUUUGAUGCUGCUAUCAGCAUCAGUGCCAUACAGUGGCUAUGUAACGCUGAAACGACAGACGUUAGCCCUGAGGGCCGCCUGCGCCGCUUUUUUGACGGAUUAUAUGCCUGCUUGCGCCGCGGAGCACGUGCCGUCUGCCAGUUCUAUCCCAAAAAUGACGCCCAGCGAAAUAUGAUCAGCGCCGCUGCGAUGAAAGCCGGAUUCGGCGCAGGUAUCUUAGAAGAUGACCCUGGAACGAAGAAUGGAAAACUUUAUCUUGUGCUCACAGUUGGCGGUGGUGGGCUACAAGGAGAUAUUACAGGAGUUGUUAAAGGGAUGGAUGGUGUCGAAGUCCUAGAUGCUAGGAGGAAAUCCCAGAAUACGAGAAAAGGAGGAGCGAACCCUGCAGAUAUCAAAGGAAGUAAAGCCUGGAUUUUAAGAAAGAAAGAGCAGAUGGCGAGAAAGGGCAAAGUGGUAAAAGCCAGUUCGAAAUAUACCGGAAGAAAGCGGAGGAUAGCUUUCUGA